AAUUAAUGCGAAAUAAUUGGGAAUAACGGAAAUGUAUUAAAUAAUCCAUAAAUAGGCACUAAAUGUUAUUUAAAAUUUAAGUGGUCAACGUUAUCGCAUUAAAGAUAGCAUUUCAAGUGCAAACCGCGGUAUAUAACCAUUUCGAACUCCGCGAAUAAACAAUAAUUUGCAGCUUCGUCUUCGGGAAGUCUACAAGUUAAAACCAAAGAACACAAGAUGUACGCUGUUGAAGACGAUGAUUUUGAUGACUUCCAAGAUGCUUGCGAAACCUAUGAUAUGCCAGCUGAUAUGACGCUGGAAAAAUCGUUGCAAGAAGCUCAAUUGGCCAUUGAUUAUUUCUUCAAUAAUAAGUUUGAUGAAGCUCGAGGUUUGGUGACACCAUAUGCUAAUUCAAGUUUGUAUCAUUCGCUGGGCAACUCAGUAUUUUAUUUCUUGGAAGCUGUGUUAACAUUCGAUCCUCACUACAUUGGGGAAGCAAGUAAUGCUUUGAAAUUGACAUUAAGUGUAUGUAAUCGCUACAGGAAGAAGAACACCAUAAGCGAAUCGGUUAAAAGCAUGGUGGGUAAAACCAACUAUGAGCAAUACACCGAAAUGGAGGCUCACGCCGAACAAUGUUACGCAGAAUGUUUGCUUUUGAAGGCGUUGUUGACUUUUAUGGAAGAUGAAACUUUAGCCAGCUUCAUCAAGGCUGGCUUAAAAAUCCGGUCGUGUUUCAACUCGAUGAAGGAUUGCUCCCAAAUCCUCCAAGAAAAAAAUUGGGGAUCUUCCCCAACGAAAGUCCACUUUGAAAGCGGGGUUAAACUCGGUUUGGGUGCUUUCAACUUGAUGAUAUCCAUGUUACCAGGUCGCGUUAUUAAAUUACUUGAAUUCAUCGGGUUCUCUGGCAACAAAGAGCUUGGCUUGGCGGAUCUCCAAUCUGGCUUCGAAAAUCAAGGUCUUCACCAAGUACUUUGCGCGAUGGUGCUUUUGGGCUACCACCUCAUCACCAUGUACGUUUUAAGCGACGUCCACGUCGCCGACGGAUUCGAUAUUUGCGAAAAAAUCCUUGCCAACCAAUCCUCCAAAUACCCAAACGGCGUUUGGUUCAACUUUUUCAAAGGAAGAAUGGAGUUUAUGAAAUGUAACUUAGAUGGCGCGAUAGAAUGGUACACCAAAGCUUGGAAAUCCCAAGAUAAAUGGGAACAAUUCCACCAUUUCUGUUACUGGGAAUUAACUUGGGUCAACUGUUUAAAACAAGAAUGGGGCCAAGCCGAACAAUUCACAACUUAUUUAAUCGAGAAGAGUAAAUGGUCAAGGACAUCGUAUUGUUACCAAAAAUUCGCAAUCAUGCUCAUGUCGUGCAACAACAAACCAAACGACCAACAAAAAGCCACCAUUGAAGAAUUAUUAAAGAAAACCAUCAAAUACAAACAACGCGUCGCGGGAAAAUCAAUCCCAAUAGAGAAAUUCUGCGUUAAGAAAGCCGAAAGAUACUUAGACAACCCAAACAACCUCAUCGUACCAAUCUUAGAAUUGAUGUAUCUUUGGAAUAUGUUUAAAAUUCUUAAAGGCAAUCAAAAAGUAGCAGGAAAUAUUCUUAAAUUGAUCGAAUCUGCCGAAAAAAGCUUGGAUGGUGGAAAAAAUAAAUACGACACCGAUAAAAAAGCUGUUUUAUUGUUACUUAAAGGGGCUUGUUUAAGACAACUUAAUAGUCCGUUACAAGCUUUAGAAGCUUUGGAAGGUGUUUUAGCGUUACAAAAGAACAUCGUUGAAGACACCUACACCGUCCCAUUCGCUGUUGUUGAAAUUGGGCUCCUUGAAUGGGAUCAAGGCAACACUGAAAAAGCUAUUGGGGCAUUUGAAGACGCCAAAAAGAAUUUUACCAGGUAUUUCUUGGAAGCCAGAUUACAUUUUAGAAUACACACCGCCCUUCAAGAACUUAAAAAGGAGUAAAUGAAAAAAAUAAUAACAUCCGUACUUAGUGUUGUUACUUAAGUUACCACUAAACUCCAAAGAUAAUAUAUAUUGGUUAUUGUUUAUACCUUCGAUAAGAGUACAGUUAUUUUUGUACAUGUAAUAAUUUUUUUUUAAAUAAAUCGUUCGUUAUAUAGAUGA